CGAUCAGUAAGUGACUACAGCGCAAUAUGAUAUUUCGUGUAUCAGAACAAUUGAUAUUGGUACUAGGUUUUCUUAUCAAACUAACAUUCUGUGCCAAGUUACAAGCAACGAACGGAGACAGCCGUCCAGUGUUACGAAACUUCAACAGCAAUAUUUGUCCACCUCCGUCUUUUCCUAAUGGAAUGCAGUUCAUUCGGAUGCGCGGAAAAUUCAUGCUUUUCAAUUGCUUCGAAGGGUUCAUUUUAGUCGGCGAGAAGUAUUUGUUCUGCAAGAACGGUCGAUGGGAUUCACCGGCACCAAUCUGCGUUAAACCCGGCUGCUCUAAACUGCCACCAGUUGACAGUGAGCGUGGGUUCAUCUUCUACGAACAUGAAAAGGCGUCUGCUACAAUCUUUUGCAAUAGUGGUUACCAGCCUGUUGGAUCACUUUAUAGCUAUUGCAAUGGCAGUCACUGGGAUCGGCUGAUAGGCAGAUGUCAGCUAACCGACUCCGCAGUUUCCACGAGUUGUGAUUUCGAAGUAGUUGACUGGUGCGGAUGGACUAAUGAUGCCAUGCUUGCUCUCGGGUGGAAGAGAAGUUCUGGAAUUAUUUCAACACGAGCGUUGAAAACAGGACCGACGCACGAUCACACAACUGGGGUCUCGUUGAACGGUCAUUUCAUGAUGAUCGAUUCCACAGAGCAAUUUACGAACACAAUCGCUCGUUUAAUAUCUCCCAUCUAUUCAGCAAGCUACAGUACUGACGGAUGUUUCCUGUUUUAUUACCACAUGUAUGGAGACUCAGUUGGCAAAUUAGCUAUUUAUGUUAAACCGAUAUUAUCAGCGUUGCUCCCUAAUUCUUCCUUUUCGAUUAGUGGUAACCAAGGUAACAGCUGGAAGGAGGGUCACUUUGUUGUACCACAGCAAACAAGUAGUUUUCAGAUUGUCAUAGAAGCUUCACAAGGGACGCGAUACAAAAGUGACAUAGCAAUCGAUGACGUUAGCUUAACGAUUGGGCAGCGAUGUCCGGAAACUGCGGAGGAAAUAUCUGCAACUACUGAAAUAGUGAACGAAGAAGUGAUCAGACUUGAUUCUUGUCAGAAUCGUUGUUCUUUGAAUGCUUCCUAUGUGCGUGCAGAUGCCGUCCAGCAGAAUGUGAUUCGUUGUGGUUGCACCGAAAAAUGUCUGGAUAGCGACUCGUGUUGUCUGGACUUUUUUGAAUGGUGCGUCGUCAAGGAGCGUAGCAGUACCAGUGAGAGUGAAGCGCAGAUGACGACAGGUUGGUUUUCCACUGACGUUGACGAGCAGCAAAGCGUGGAAGAAUACAGCUCUAGUGUGUCUUUUGAAGCUGCCACUAUACGAGCCAAACAAUCUGAAGAGAUUUCCGAAUCCGGGGCCUACUUGAUUAUGAUAACGGGAUUUUUUUCAAUUGUUGUAGGAUUAAUUUUGAUUCGGUUAAGAAAGUCAUGUAUGUUGAGGCGCAAAACAAAAGAACGAUCGGUGAAUUUUAUGGAAACUAUUCAGUUUUUGGCUAUUAAUGAAGAUAUAGAGCACGAUCAGUGCAUUGAUGAUAUACCAUGGACGACGUAAAUGGCUGGUGUUAUUAUUGAGAGACUAAUAAUGCUAAAACAAGGCCGUUAAUAUGGAUAUUUUUUUGCGAAUUACAAAUAAACAAAUAAAUAAUAAGGUAUUCCAAUUUUCAUUGAAUUGAUUUCAGUGUUUUUUCGAAACAGGUAAUGGAAUCAGUUGUAUUAUUGGUGCCGGAAUUUCAAAUAAAACUAGCCGAAAUUUCGACACAAAUUUCGGAUGGGUAACAUAUUGUUUGAAAAUAUACCAAAGACGUUUUCGAACAUGCAUUUAAUAAAAUGGUUAUGGUUGUGUUUCAACUUCGUUUCAUUAGAAUCUGACACUAACGUUAGAACCAGGACUAAAUUGGUGCCUGAUUGUCUGUCUGUCUGGCUGAUUGCUAAUCAAGCGCAAGAUAAGGAGUACUGAUUAAGCUGAUGAGGACUAUAAUGAAAUCAAAACUUGGUUCAGCUUAGCAAGCCAAUGCAAUAUGUACUACGCUACGGAGUUAACGUCAAUCUGGCACUAGCUUAUUCCUGGCACUAAGGUGGCAGUGGCGUAGCCAAAAAUUUAGUUUGGGCGUUUUUUUUUUUCGAAAAGACAUAAAUUUAAUAUAAGUUGGGUAAAUUAGUGAAAUUUCCGAAACAAAAUUAA